AUGCCGGACCAGCACAACGAUGAAAUCAGGAAUAUCCUGUCGCAGCUCCAGCGCCAGGCGAGGGACGUCACCAGAGAGCUGGCCAGGUGUCGCGCCGAGCUGGCCGGCAAGGUCCGCGUGGCCAGACAAUCGGCACUCACCCUCAGCGAACUCAAUAAGCUCUCCCCCGGCCAGAUCCACUUCUACCAGCCCGUGGGCAAAAUGUUCAUGCUCAGGCCGCGGACCGCGAUCGAGGACGGGUUGAAGGCUAGGCAGAAGGCCGCAGAGGACGAGGCCAACAAACUCGUCGCCAGGAUCAAAAGUCUCGAAGCAGAGGUCGAAGCUAACCAACGCGCGCUCAAAGAAAUCGUCAGGUCGAUCGAUCUGGAGUCCAUGACCGUCUGA